CAACUGAAGCUCAUAGCAACUCAGUGGACAAUUUUCCCGUCCUGUAAAUACAAGCUGUCGAAUGGAAAACGCAGCGGAUGGUUUGUUUCAUAAUACGUCGUGAACCAGAUGGAAUCGCUUUAUUAAUUUUAUAUUUAGGUUUGAUUUGUUUUUAUUGCGAGGUCGAGGGGUGGGUGAGGGGGAUUAUCGUGCAUCCAGCCGUCCUUACCAGACAGCUGGCAGACGGACUGACUGCAUCUCGACUUCUGAUGCUGUGUCCAAUCAAGAGGAGCAGCAGAUGCAGUCUGUGUGGGUCCAAAACCGGUAUAAAACCCCUAUCUGACCUAUUACUGGAGGACUGAGCCUUCAAAUAUGGAUAAACAUGACAGACUUGACUGUGAUGCUCGGGGGUGAGGUGGAGAGAGGCUGAGGAGGAGGAGGAGGAGGAGGACAUGGGCUGCGCCUCCGCCAAGCAGGUGUCUGCAGUACCCAACAGUGAGGAGGACCAGAGCAAAGCCCACAGCAAUGGAGACCUCUUCUCUGAUGAGUACAAGAUGAAAGGAGUGGAGAAAGUCAAGUACGUGAGUGGAGAAGAGGGCGGAGUAGAGGGCCAGGAAAGCACGGAGACAAGUGCUUUGCUUGGAAAAAAUCAACCCAUGGAUGAAACGGGAUCAAAUGGAAAUGGAAAGAUGCUGAGUAUCCAUUCCUCAGAGAGCCAGCAAGAAUUCUUUAGGAUGCUGGAUGAGAAAAUUGAAAAGGGCAGGGACUACUGCUCAGAGGAGGAAGACAUGACAUAGCAUCAUGGUCAAGCAUCCGUCAGCCGUCAACCUUGAGAGGAUGGGACGUUAUAACCUGCCUGAAUGGCAGAAGGACACAACUUUAUCAAGCAACCAUCUUGGCCUCCUGCUCAAGACGAAGCUCCUUCUUGUCUAAUGUAAUGACCGAAAUCAAAAGAUGGUUGACUUUCUUGAAAAGCCAUUAUAGGAUGUCAGGGAUUUGGGGGAUCAAGAGGAAUGUUUCCCCUGCUUGGACAACUCCUGAAAGACAGUAUUUGCAGUACCUUGCUGUUUACAUCCAAAUCUCAGAAGCAAGUCAGUCAGAAAAAAUGGGUUUCAUGCAUGGAUGUUUGCUUAUUUUUCCACUUUCAGAGUGACCGCUAAGGAAAAAAAGAGCAGAAAGAAACUGAGCUAAUUCUAUUAAUUUGCCUUGAGUCAUCUUUUAAUAAAGAAGACUAACAUUUAAUUGCAUCCUACUGAGACUUUUAAAUAUAUAUCAGUAGGAACAAUGAACAAUUGAAUUACUUGUGCGUACAAUUCAGGAGCAAACCCGCAUCCAAAUGUUUCAUUCAUGAGGCCCACUUUGUUGAUCUGCCUUCUGCAUUCCAGGAAACAGUACGAAAUCUUGUUUCUACAAUUUCUGGGCCAAAAACGUGUCCGUCUUGUCUGUUUGUCCACAUUCCUUUAUAAUAUACAGUAUUUGUUAAACAAGGCUCAGGGUUGAAGUGUUGUCGUUAUAUACUCAAAAGUCCUUUCUUUCAUCAUAACACAAAAACACACACACUCACACGGUCGGCUUGCUGCUGACGCCCUCGCCCGCUUCUAAUAUCGUGUCCUGAUGAACCCUGUUUGGGUGAAGUCAAAUAUUGGUCUGUAUUUCACUCACCAAUGUCGCUGUGUUAUUUCUAUGUUGAUCCUUUGUUUUUCUAGAAAAAUAAAAGUGUUUUUGGAAACUUAUCUCAAAGUCCAAUGUGUGUCUCGACUGUCGUGACCAUCAUUGAGGAUAAAGAUGAAUGAAUGCUGAAGAUCUGGUAGGAGAAGAGGACAUUAUUCUUCCAAAUUAUCCUGGGACAAUAUUUUAAGAAGGUCGAAAGACCUGUAAGGAAACCACUAAUCCUUUUAUUAUUCAGUCAUUCAUUCAUUUUCUACCGCUUAUCCUCACGAGGGUCGCACAUCGUUUGAUGAUAUAGUCAUUUAACUAUAAAUUCUGAUGUAUAUUUGAAGGAGGUCAUUACUCAAUAACGGUCUGACUUUUUAUAUAGAACACUAAAG